UUUUGGACCCAGGCUUUACCAGUUGGUUUUGCUAAAUAAGACCUUUGAAAGGAAUUUUUUUUUGCGAUCAAAUCUCAACUCAUCACUUCUGUCAAGAUGAACAAAAUCGUUUUUGGAAUCCUUGCAGUUGUUGCAUCUUUUAUGCUAGUGGAGUCGCUGACAUGUAACAAAUGUGAUGUGGGCCUGGUGGGCGUUUGCCUAAAUGCUGCUGAUCAGGACUGCACAACCAACACGAGUCGCUGCUUCACUGGAAAAGCUACCUUCCCCUCCCUCAGUACUUUCAUAGGCUUCAACACCCAAGGCUGUCUGGAAGGUGCUAUGUGCAACACCACCAAUGCCACCCUCAUGGGCGCCACCUACACCACUGUCAGGACCUGCUGCGACACCAACAAGUGUAACCCAGUCACAAUCAGCGGCGCAACCUCUGCUAAGCUCUCUGUCACCGCAGCCCUCGGCGCAGCCUUGGUGGCCUCCGUGUGGGGCAGCAUGCUGUACUAGAACUAGAACAACUAGAACAACUAGAAGACACAUUCUGAUUCUGAUUCCGAAUGAAGACCCCUGACCAAUAAAGACUUUACAUCCUCCAGCCUGAAAUGAAGACCAAUCUUAGUAUGUUUAUACAUCAUGAAAUUAGUGUUGUUUCAGUAAACCGGUUUGAUGAAAUGUGUGUUUCAUUCACACUGCAUGUUUAAACCAGCUUGACUUGUUUUUCUCAUGUUUUGAUGGUAUGCUGUCACAUCGUCCUCUCAAGUUCUUUGCCUCCUAUCGGAAUAAUGCACUGAGUAUCCAUAAUCAAGGGCUUUUUAGUUAUCACCUCAAAUUUUGAGAGAAGCACAUGUCUCAGAAUGCAUUAAAGACACUCAUUUAGUUAAUUAUUAGAUACUUAUUGUUGUGGAAGUCGAUCAGUGUAUUGUUGAAGCUGUAACGUUGAAUUCUUAAACCUUACAUAUGUGUUUUUCUUCGUUCUAAUUAAGCUUAAGUUACUACAGUGUGUGGCGCGUGUAUUGUGGAAUGAAACUAAUGGAAAGCAAUCUUUCAUUUUUCGCUGUUUUGAAUUAUCAGCAGUUUUGUAAUUAAAAGAAAUCACUCACUUUG